GAUCCUUGGAAGAAUGGAGGCGCAUGCAGAGGCAAACUCAGAAGUGGGGAAGCAGCAGGCCCUAAUUGAUAACCCUGCUGAUAUCCUUGUCAUUGCGGCAUAUUUCCUACUGGUCAUCGGUGUCGGCUUGUGGUCCAUGUGCAGAACCAACAGAGGCACGGUGGGCGGCUACUUCCUGGCAGGACGAAGCAUGGUGUGGUGGCCGGUGGGAGCCUCCCUCUUUGCCAGCAACAUUGGCAGUGGCCAUUUUGUGGGCCUGGCGGGGACCGGUGCUGCGAGUGGCUUGGCUGUGGCGGGAUUUGAGUGGAAUGCGCUGUUCGUGGUGCUGCUGCUCGGCUGGCUCUUCGCGCCGGUGUACCUGACCGCGGGCGUCAUCACGAUGCCGCAGUAUCUGAGAAAGCGCUUCGGCGGCCACCGUAUCCGCCUCUACCUCUCGGUGCUCUCGCUCUUUCUGUACAUUUUCACCAAAAUCUCGGUGGACAUGUUCUCCGGAGCGGUGUUCAUACAGCAGGCUCUGGGCUGGAACAUCUACGCCUCGGUCAUCGCGCUCUUGGGCAUUACCAUGAUCUACACGGUGACAGGAGGGCUGGCGGCGCUGAUGUACACCGACACCGUGCAGACCUUUGUCAUUCUCGCAGGGGCCUUCGUCCUCAUGGGCUAUGCCUUCCACGAAGUGGGCGGGUAUUCGGGGCUCUUCGACAAAUACUUGAGGGCAGUGACGUCGCUGACCGUGUCCGAGGACCCUGCUUUGGGCAACAUCUCCAGCUCCUGCUAUCGCCCCCGACCUGACUCCUACCACUUACUUCGGGACCCUGUGUCAGGAGACCUGCCGUGGCCCGCACUGCUGAUUGGACUCACCAUCGUCUCGGGCUGGUACUGGUGCAGUGACCAGGUCAUCGUGCAGCGCUGCCUGGCUGGGAAGAACCUGACCCACAUCAAGGCGGGCUGUAUCCUGUGCGGCUAUCUGAAGCUGAUGCCCAUGUUCCUCAUGGUCAUGCCAGGCAUGAUCAGCCGCAUUCUUUACCCGGAUGAGGUGGCCUGUGUGGUGCCCGAGGUGUGCAAGCGCGUGUGCGGCACGGAGGUGGGCUGCUCCAACAUCGCUUACCCGCGCCUAGUGGUGAAGCUCAUGCCCAAUGGUCUGCGCGGACUCAUGCUGGCGGUCAUGCUGGCCGCACUCAUGUCCUCGCUGGCCUCGAUCUUCAACAGCAGCAGCACGCUUUUCACCAUGGACAUCUACAACCGCCUGCGGCCCCGCGCCAGCGACCGGGAGCUGCUGCUAGUGGGACGGCUCUGGGUGGUGUUCAUCGUGGCCGUGUCAGUGGCCUGGCUGCCCGUGGUACAGGCAGCGCAGGGCGGCCAGCUCUUCGACUACAUCCAGGCUGUGUCCAGCUACCUGGCGCCGCCCGUGUCCGCAAUCUUCGUGCUGGCGCUCUUCGUGCCUCGCGUCAACGAGAAGGGCGCCUUCUGGGGACUGAUUGGGGGCCUGCUGAUGGGCCUGGCCCGACUCAUUCCCGAGUUUUCCUUCGGCUCGGGCAGCUGCGUGAGGCCUUCGCGGUGCCCGGCACUCAUCUGCGGGGUGCACUACCUCUACUUCGCCAUUGUCCUCUUCUGCUGCUCAGGCCUGCUCACCCUGGUGGUCUCCGUGUGCACGGAGCCCAUCCCACGCAAGCACCUCCACCGCCUGGUUUUCAGUCUCCGGCACAGCAAAGAGCCUCGAGAGGACCUGGACGCAGAUGAACAGCUGGAAGAGCCAACCUCGCCGCCCGUGCAGAAUGGGCGCCCGGAGCACGCGGUGGAGAUGGAGGAGCCCUCGCCCCCGACACCAGGGCUAUUCCGCCAAUGCCUGCUUUGGUUCUGUGGCAUGAGCAAGAGUGGGGCGGGCUCCUCACCCGCCAGUCAGGAGGAGGCCGCUGAGGCAGCCAGGCAGAUGGAGGACAUCAGUGAGGACCCCCGCUGGUCCCGUGUGGUCAACCUCAAUGCCCUGCUCAUGAUGGCUGUGGCCUCAUUCCUCUGGGGCUUUUACGCCUGAGGCAACUCUGGGGACACAGUGAGCCACCACC